AUGCCUUUUCCAAGAACGGUCUUUAUGGUACCUGGUAUUGCUGACAAGAUCAAUGAACUCAUACUUGAAACGGGGGGAAUGAUUGAUCAUAUACUGCCAAGAGCUAUUUGCAAUGCGAGGAGCUUAGGUAAUGACGAGGAUGACAAUGAUAUUGCAGCCAAAUUCGGUUUGGUGAAUUUGAAUGAUAACGAUGAAAACUUGAAGGGUAGGGGAAAUGGUGGUGGCAACAAGGGGGGUGAUUACCCUGGUGGUAGCAACAAGGAGGUUAACUACGAAAACUUGAAGGGUAGGGGAAUUGGUGGUAAUGGCGGUAGCAACAAGGAAGGUAAUGGCGGUAGCAACAAGCAGGGUAAUGGUGGUAAUGGCGGUAGCAAGGAGGGUAAUGGCGAAAACUUGAAGGGUAGGGGAAUUGGUGGUAAUGGCGGUAGCAACAAGCAAAAUAAUGGCGAAGAUGACGAUACAAUGUCAGACUCAGGAGAUGAAGUAGUGGUGUUCAAAAGUGCCGCUUAUGAGAAAACCAUCCUUCAAUCUCACAACUUGAAUCUUCCCUUUUCUGAAGCAAUUCCAAUUAUUCAAGAGUCACAUGUAAAAAGCGCAAUCGAGGCAUUGGAACAACCAAAAGAGCCCUUGAUUGGCGUGUCGGUUGAAUCAACCAUUGCUACCUCGAAACAAGUAUUAUCACAAUCUGUCAAUCUCGCCCAAUCUGGCAAAUCUGAGUUGCAAACGGAACCGGAAACGCAAUCUAAAGCAAGAACAGGCGCAGAGAAUAAUGAUAACAGUAAUGCUGUUGUUGUUGUUGUUGAUGACGAUGAUGAUGAUGAUGACGAUGACGUUGCUGUUGUUGUUGAUGACAAUAAUAACAAUAAUAAUAAUAAUACUGAGGGAAAAGAAGCAAACCCCAUUGCUGCUGUAUUAAAUUUGCAGCCAGUUGUGAGAAAGUUUAAGUUAUUGAACAAUGAAAACUUGGCAUGUUACUCACCUUUGGUGGUAAACACCGGUACACCCGAAGAGUUUAAGGCUGCUACAAUCAACUUUUGGGUAUGUCAGGAUUAUGAUCGUUUUUUUGGCGUUCAAAGUUUCCAAAAGGAGAUUGAAAUAGCCAAGGCAUUGCGAUUUGAAGAUGAUUCAGAAUCUGUAGCCUUGAAGAAUGAAAAGAUAAUCUAUAUCACUACUAGGAUUGUCAAUCCGGGCAAAGUCUUGAAUGCCUAUUUCAACAGCGGUCCAACAAAGAGAGACUUGUACAUUGAUUUGAUAUUGAACAAUAAUGGGUGCAAUAUUUUACUACAAUUGAUGAAGUUUUUCAAGGAAAAUGGAACAACAAUCGAAUCAAAAAUCGAUUCGGUAUUUCUCAGGAUUCUGGCAUCGUAUUUCAACCAAAUUCGAGUUAUAUUUGGAGUGCUCACGACUAAUACCCUAUUUUACGAAAAGAUCAAGUCAUUGGGAUUGUUUGUUGGGUUACAUCAAUAUGCCAAUGGGUAUGUGUUUGAUGCACUAUCUGAUACACUUAUCAAGUUACCUCCCACACUUGAAAAAUUGAUAGUGUCUAAUGGUUUAGAAAUCACUGAUUUUGCUCAGUUGCCCGCAACUUUGAAAGAGAUUGGAUUUCAUAAUGUGAAAAUGAUGAACUUGAGCAAAUUCAAUUUGCUAAAAAACUUAAAAUAUCUUUGCAUCAAUGGAAAUGAAGUAAAAUUAGACGGUCGCGUUGAAAGCUUUCCAAAGGGGUUUAGAAUCGGUUUGGAAACAGUAAAGUUUGACUCUUCCGUUAGUGUUAGUUGCAAUUUUCGAAACUUUGCUCAAUUGACUUCAUUAAGUUUGCUGAACCUAUCAUACACUCGCACGAGAGACUUGACUUUUCCUUUGAUGUUGAGGAAAUUGGAGCUAAUUGACUGCAUGAUUAGUUCCAACAUCUCGGCUUUUCCGGACACUUUAAGGAUGUUGACCAUAAUAAGAAGCAAAUGGAGUCCAAAGAGAAACUGCCACCUUGCUAGGUUGCAAAGAUUCAAGAUAGCCGACUCUGAGGUUAAAGAUUUGAAAGAGAAAAUUCUUGCUUGUAAGACUCUACUCAAAUUGGAAGUGUCAAAUAGCUCAAUAGACAAGAUCCAGCACGAUUUCAAGUUUCCGCAGACUUUGAAGAUCUUGAAAUUGAUAAAGGUCCCCUUGAAGGGUGUUCCCGAAAGUGUGUUCCCAAACUCUUUAGAGAUUAUCAACUUGGAAGAGAACGACCUUAAAUAUAUAUUACUGCUGCUGAACUUGAAAGCAAUGAGAAUAGCUGGUAAUCCAAUACAAGGAGACGUUGACUUGCGACACAUUGCAGUUAAGGAUGUUACUCUCCAGAAUAGCGCUCAGCUUGGAAGCAUCUUUCUCAAUGAGGAAACAGCCUAUUUGAAUGCCUCAUAUUCAUCGUCAUUAGUAUCUAUAAGUGGUGAAGGGUUGACAAAGGUAGUCUUGGAUGGAUGCAAAAGCUUGAACUUGAGCCAGUUCAAGUUCCCACUGAAGAUCACCCAAUUGAGCUUGAAGGAUUGUGAUUUUGUCAAGUUUGACGACCCUACAGUUGAGAUACCCCAUUUAAGGAUAAUGGAUCUUUCUAAUAACAAGUUGGAGAGUAUCGAUUUGUCACGGUUUGAGCACUUGCAGGACGUUGAUAUCUCAAACAACAAGUUGACAGUCAUCGACAACUCAUACUUUCCCCAGUCAAUCAAGUCCAUCAACGCAAAGGAGAAUCUAAUACAAGAGGUAAAAGUGGCAGAGUUAAAGAAUAUUGAAUGGUUGCAAUUAUCUGACAACAAGAUUGAAAAAAUGACCAAUGUUGAAGUUCCUGAAAAAUUGAGGACCUUGAUAUUGAAUAACAAUAACAUUUGUGAAUUUUUGUCAAAUUCUUUCAAAAUUCCCAUGAAUCUUUGUCAUUUAGAGUUGAACAAGUGCAAAAUUGCAAAGUUUGACCAAAUUUUGCCUCAAAAAUUAAUGUCAUGUUGUUUGAACGGGAAUAAACUACACGGUCAAACAUUUUCAAUAAAGUUUGAAAAAAAGUCUCCGUGCUUGAAGUUUUUGGAUUUAAGUAGCAAUUAUUUUAAGCUGUUUGAUUUUUCCUUGCUACAAGAUGUUGGCGUUGAGUUGUCAGAACUCAACUUGGCAAGUAAUAUGAUUGAAGAGGUUCCACAAAUUCCUGGUAAUAUCCUAUCAGCCAUUCUUUUUAAAGCAUAA